CAAUUUCAAUUCAAAAAAUUCCAAAUUCCAGAUUCUUCCAAAUCUCUCUGUGUUUGGUUUUGGGCGAUGAGUUUGUGAAAAUCUCUGCAAACGAUUCGCCAUGGCCAAACCAAAAGCUGCGAGACGAACACUCGACUCUUACACUGUCAAGCACAUCAACAAGACCGUCAGAGCUGGGGACUGUGUGCUGAUGCGGCCGUCGGAUUCCGGGAAGCCGUCGUACGUGGCGAAAAUCGAGCGGAUCGAGGCGGACAGCCGCGGCUCCAACGUGAAGGUGCACGUGCGCUGGUACUAUCGGCCGGAGGAGUCGAUUGGCGGCCGGCGACAGUUUCACGGCUCCAAGGAGGUGUUUCUCUCCGAUCACCACGACGUUCAGAGCGCCGACACCAUCGAGGCUAAGUGUACGGUGCACACCUUCAAGAGCUAUACCAAGCUCGACGCUGUUGGGAACGACGACUUCUUCUGUCGUUUCGAGUAUAAUUCCUCAACCGGAGCUUUCAAUCCUGACCGUGUCGCUGUGUAUUGCAAAUGUGAGAUGCCUUACAACCCUGAUGACCUCAUGGUUCAGUGUGAAGGUUGUAGUGAUUGGUUUCAUCCUGCUUGUAUAGACAUGAAUGCAGAGGAGGCUAAAAGACUUGACCACUUCUUCUGUGAAGGCUGUUCUUCCGAGGGUCAAAAGAAGUUGCAGAAUUCCCAUACUGCUUCUAAACACCCUGAUACAAAGGUGGAUACAAAACGGCGUCGGAGGUGAUAUUGUAUAUAAAUCAAUCUGAUGAACUAGAGGUUCUCUCGUUUGGAUCUUUGUUAGGGCUUAAGCAAACACGGAGGCGUAUCUGCACCACAAGUUGUGUAUUUAUGAGUUAAUGGGAAGACGAAAACCAGCUUGAAAACCUUUAUGGUGUCUAUUUGGUUAUAGGUAUCUCCCCGGUCUCUUUUAAAGGUCGAGGAUGUGUUUGGUUGUGUGUAAUUAUAUGUAAUUUAGAUCCUCUCCCUCAUUCUCCCUUUCCCCUAGGAUUGUGAAUAUUCCCAAAGUAUUUUGCCAGUUACCACAGUAGCAAUAGAUAGAGCCUUUUCACGCAAAUCUAUUUCACUUUGGUAUAUAUUGUUGGCUGCAGCAUUAAGAAGUUGGAUGCUAUGUCUGUUUUUUUCCCUUCUGUAAAUGUAUAUAAUGUCUUAAGAGUUUGUUCCUUCUA